AGAAGGCCUCGGGAGAGGCUGUGCAGCAAGAUGAGGGAGGUCUGGAGCCCUGCAUAAAGAGAAGGACAGGACCACCACUGCCUGCUGUGUCUCCACAGACCUGGGCUUGAGGCCUCCCACUAUCACCAUGGCCAAAGGUGGAGAAGCCCUGCCACAGGGCAGCCCAGCACCAGUUCAGGAUCCCCACUUCAUCAAGGUGACAGUGAAGACACCCAAAGACAAGGAAGAUUUCUCAGUUACAGACACAUGCACCAUCCAGCAGCUGAAGGAAGAGAUAUCUCAGCGCUUUAAGGCCCACCCUGAUCAGCUUGUUCUAAUCUUUGCUGGCAAAAUCCUCAAGGAUCCUGACUCACUGGCACAGUGUGGAGUGCGAGAUGGCCUCACUGUCCACCUGGUCAUCAAGAUGCAUCGUCGUGCCUUUGGCAGUGAGUGCCCAGCUGCCCCUGUCCCUUCCCCAGGCCCAAGCCCUGGAUCACUCCCUCAACCAGGCUCCAUUUACCCAGCAGAUGGGCCCCCUGCCUUCAGCUUAGGUUUCCUCAUAGGCCUCAAUGGGCUGGGCUUGACCUCCAGUGGCUUCCCUGACCAGACAAGCUCACAAAUGCGGCAGCAUGUGUCUAUGCCUGAAUUUGUGGCUCAGCUCAUUGAUGACCCCUUCAUCCAGGGUCUGCUGUCCAACACGGGCCUGGUGCGCCAGCUGGUUCUUGACAACCCCCAUAUGCAGCAGCUGAUCCAGCACAACCCUGAGAUUGGGCAUAUUCUCAACAACCCUGAAAUUAUGCGGCAGACACUGGAGUUUCUACGUAACCCUGCCAUGAUGCAAGAGAUGAUGCGUAGCCAGGACCGGGUGCUUAGUAACUUGGAGAGCAUUCCUGGUGGCUACAAUGUGCUGCGCACUAUGUACACAGAUAUUAUGGACCCAAUGCUAAAUGCAGUCCAGGAACAGUUUGGUGGCAAUCCCUUUGCCACUGCCACUACUGCUAAUGCCACCACCACCACCAGCCAACCUUCUAGGAUGGAGAAUUGUGACCCUCUCCCUAACCCCUGGACUUCCACACAUGGAGGCUCAGGUAGAAGACAAGGAAGGCAGGAUGGGGAUCAGAAUGUACCUGACAUUAGAAAUACAGUUCCAAACUUUCUGGGUAAUAUAGGGCUCUAUGACUAUCUCCAGCAAUUGCAUGAGAACCCCCAGUCCCUAGGAACUUAUCUACAGGGGACUGCAUCGGCUCUCAGCCAAAACAAGGAACCACCACCACCACCACCAGUAAACAGAGUUCCCCCGUCAUCACCCUCAUCUCAGGAGCCUGGGUCAGGCCGGCCUCUCCCCAAGGAAUCAGUAGCAAUCAAGGGAAAGUCCUCCUGCCCAGCUUUCCUGAGAUACCCCACAGAGAACAGUACUGGACAAGGUGGAGACCAAGAUGGUGCGGGGAAAAGCUCUACUGGACAUAACACAAACUUGCCUGAUCUUGUCUCGGGCCUGGGAGAUUCUGCCAACAGGGUUCCAUUUGUUCCCUUAUCCUCUUCCUCCACAGCAGCCACUACUGGAAUCCCUGAGCCUCCCUGGCUGCCACCCCCAGUUUAUCCAAGAUCUCUGAGGCCAGGUGGCAUGAAUCUGGCUCCACACUUGCAGGAUGAGAUGCAACCACAGCUGCCACUGCUAAUGCACCUUCAGGCAGCUAUGGCAAAUCCCCGUGCUGUGCAAGCCCUGCUGCAGAUUGAGCAGGGUCUGCAGGUCCUAGCUAUCGAAGCACCUCGCCUCCUACUCUGGUUCAUGCCUUGCCAAACAGGGGUGGGUAGUACGGCAGGAGGUAUAGAGUCUAGAGAAGAUACCCUUCUGUCUGAGGAUCCUCUCCCAAAUCCACCUCCUGAGGUGUUCCCAGCACUGGACUCUGCAGAGGUGGGCUUCCAUUCCCCUCCCUUUCUCGAUAUGCUGCAAGAUUCACCUAGUACCAACCCCCAGCAGCUGCAGCCUGAGGCUCACUUUCAGGUGCAGCUGGAGCAACUGCGGUCCAUGGGCUUUCUGAAUCGUGAAGCCAAUCUUCAGGCCCUCGUUGCUACUGGGGGCAAUGUGGAUGCUGCUGUGGAGAAGCUGAAGCAGUCAUAGGAGUCCUCGUCAUUCAGACCAUAUGUUUUCCUCUGUGCCUUUUCCCCAUAUCCUAUUUCCCUAGCUCUCCCAUUCUUGCAUACAGCUGCAUUAUAAACCAAAUUUACUCUGAUGCCCUUUAUUGUGGAGGCAAUGUUGUUCCAGAGUCAGUGAGGAAGACAAAGGGCCAGAACAAAGUGGAGGUGCUGUUUAUAAGUCAACCACUGGCACCACUAUACCAUCUAUACCAUCGGUGGGGGGGGGGCAGGUCUGAGCUCUGCUUAUGCCUAUCUUGAGAUGCAAUUACAUCCAAUCUCCAGUGU